AUUUGUCAGAUUCACUGCCGUCAGUGUCAACGUGACUGAAUUGUGCGUUGUUUGUUUGUGUUCAGUAAAAAAUAGACUUAUACAAAACUAGAUAGUAUAAAAGCCUAGAAUAUCAGUAAAUACGGUCCAAGUACAUAUUAAAUAAGGAGGUUUCGUAUCAAGAUUUUACUACAAAAAUGAUUAUUCCAGUGCGUUGUUUUACCUGUGGGAAAGUUAUCGGCAAUAAAUGGGAGGCCUACCUUGGACUAUUACAAGCAGAAUAUACAGAAGGUGAUGCUCUUGAUGCCCUUGGUUUGAAGAGGUAUUGCUGCAGAAGAAUGUUGCUAGGACACGUGGAUCUGAUUGAAAAACUCCUCAAUUACGCUCCACUAGAGAAAUAGUUCAUAACACACAACAAUAGUUUAUAAGAUGGUUAAUUGUGAUACUGAAUCUAAUUUUACUUCCAUGAAAUAAAAUUAUUUCGUCCA